CACAUAAAGCACUUCUGAGUUCCCCCGGUGGGACAUUCGCUUGGAAGGAAAGAUGGGAAAGGCAUUGCUGUGGGUCGGUUUGACCAUUCUGCUGCAGUUGCAGCUGGGCUCUGCCUACAAACUUGUGUGUUACUUCACUAAUUGGUCUCAGUACAGGCCAGAACCUGCCAAGUACUUCCCAAACAAUGUGGACCCAAAUCUAUGCACCCACUUGAUCUAUGCCUUUGCAACUAUGAAUCAAAAUAAGAUUGCCCCAUAUGAAUGGAAUGAUGAAGACCGACUCUUCCCAGAAUUUCAAGCACUAAAAAAAAGUAACAACAAACUUGUAACCAGCCUGGCUAUCGGAGGGUGGAACUUUGGCACUCAGAAAUUCACUGAAAUGGUUGCCUCACCAGCUAAUCGUAAAACGUUCAUUGACUCGGUGAUUGCGUACCUCCGUAAGUUUGGGUUCGAUGGGAUCGACCUGGAUUUUGAAUACCCAGGUUCUAGAGGCAGCCCCCCCGAGGACAAACGUCGCUUCACCAUCUUGAUUCAGGAAAUGCUGGAAGCCUUUAAAGCUGAGGCUGCAAGCACUGGACUCCCAAGGCUGUUGGUUACCGCAGCGGUAUCUGCUGGCAAAGGAACUAUUGAUGCUGGAUAUGAAAUUGCUGAGAUAGGGAAGCUCCUCGAUUUCAUCAGCGUGAUGACCUACGACUUCCAUGGAGGCUGGGACUCCUUCACAGGGCACAACAGCCCGCUCUAUGAAGGCUCUGCUGACUCUGGGGACUUCAAGUACUUCAACUGUAAAUAUGCCAUGGAAUACUGGAAUGAUAACGGCGUCCCCGCUGAGAAGCUCCUGAUGGGAUUCCCCACCUACGGGCGUACCUUUAGGCUUAGCAGCAGUGCCACAUCUGUUGGUGCCCCAGCAUCUGGGGCUGGGUCUUCUGGGCCUUACACCCGGGAAGCUGGUUUCUGGGCUUAUUAUGAGAUCUGCACAUUCCUAAAGACUGCACAGGUACAAUGGAUUGAGGACCAGAAAGUCCCCUAUGCCGUUAAGGGGAACGAAUGGGUUGGAUUUGACAAUGCGUGCAGCUAUAAAUACAAGGUCAAAUACCUGAGAGAGAAAAAUUUUGGAGGUGCCAUGGUGUGGGCUAUUGACCUGGAUGAUUUCCUGGGCUCUUUCUGCAAUGAAGGAAAGUAUCCUCUCAUAAGUGAGCUGAAGAGACUCCUCGAAACAAAUGAUCCAAUUGUGCCCAACUGCCCUUCACCAGGCCCCACACCACCUCCAGAUGACAAUACAACUACCUCUCCAGUUAUUCCCCCAACUGAGGGGGUAGAUGAUACAUUUUGUGCUGGCAGACAAGAUGGUACCUAUGCCGACCCCAAAGAUAAUACGCAAUUCUACGUAUGUGCUGGAGGCAGGACUUACCGCUUCACCUGUGCAGCUGGCCUUGUCUUUGAUGAGAGCUGCAAGUGCUGUAACUAUCCAAAAUAUUAACCCCAGCCCCGGCUCAGAACAGACACGGAUGAGUAAUAUACUGUAAUUCAAAUCAUCCCUGGCAGAAUCCCUCUUGCAUUAUUAAAAAAAGCCAAGUGGUGGAGAUAAGGCAUUAAUGUGUGUGUUGUCUGUCUGCUAUGUGAUUGGUGACCCCUGCUUUUAACAGUAAUAAAUAAUAUUCUCUUUUA